AAACAGAGUAUUCAAUGGAAAGAAGUCGCCCCUCCCCUCCCCGCUCUUUAGAGGCUAGAGGCCCGGCGGCGGCUCGCGGGUGAAGCCGUGCGGGGUCUGCGGGCGGGCGCGCGCUCACCUGCCCUUUGCAGCCUGACUCAGCUCCCCAGCCCCGUCGCGCCCCUGCGCUGCCAUCGGCGGGCGGGGCCGGGAGCGCGGGGCCGCCGCUGUCAGACUCCGGCCGGCAGCGAGGGAGGCGCGAGCGGCAGCUGCUCCGGGAGCCGAGGCAGAGCCAUGAGCGAGAAAUGCGACGUGAUCGUUGUUGGGGGCGGCAUCUCAGGUCUGUCAGCAGCCAAGUUGCUGACUGAGUCAGGGCUGAGUGUUGUGGUGUUGGAAGCCCGUGACAGAGUUGGAGGAAGAACUUUCACUGCAAGGAAUAAGCAAGUCCAGUAUGUGGACCUUGGAGGAGCAUACGUGGGGCCAACACAAAAUCGCAUCCUGCGGUUGUCUAAGGAGCUAGGAAUAGAGACGUAUAAAGUGAAUGAAGUAGAACAUCUUAUUCACCAUGUCAAGGGUAAAAGUUAUCCCUUUAAGGGUGCAUUUCCUACUAUGUGGAACCCUUUUGUCAUCUUAGAUUUCAACAAUCUGUGGAGGACGAUGGAUGAAAUGGGAAAGGAGAUUCCGAGUGAAGCCCCAUGGAAGGCACCACAUGCAGAAGAAUGGGACAAAAUGUCUAUGCAAGAUUUCAUAGACAAAGUUUGUUGGACAAAUGCUAGCAAGAGGUUUGCAACGCUGUUUGUGAAUGUGGAUGUCACCUCUGAGCCUCAUGAGGUCUCUGCUCUCUGGUUCCUGUGGUACGUGAAGCAGUGCGGGGGGACAGGCAGGAUAUUCUCCACCACCAAUGGUGGGCAGGAGAGGAAGUUUGUUGGAGGCUCUGGUCAGAUUAGUGAGAAGCUAAUGGAACGCCUGGGAGGCCGAGUGAAGCUAGAGAAACCUGUAGUCCGCAUUGAUCAGUCAGGUGAAAAUGUCAUUGUGGAGACCUUAGACCAUGAAUUAUACAAGGCCAAGUAUGUUAUUAGUGCCAUUCCCCCAGUUCUUGAUUUGAAGAUUCAUUUCAACCCACCAUUACCACCAAUGAGAAACCAGCUGAUCAGCCGGGUUCCCAUGGGCUCAGUCAUCAAGUGCAUGAUAUACUACAAAGAACCUUUCUGGAGGAAACAGGACUACUGUGGUACCAUGCUCAUUGAAGAUGAGGAAGCUGUGAUUGGAAUGACACUUGAUGAUACCAAACCCAAUUGCAGUGUUCCUGCCAUAAUGGGUUUUAUUCUCGCUCGAAAGUGUAGAAGACUGACACAUCUCACAAAGGAAGAAAGGAAGAGGAGGAUCUGCGAGCUCUAUGCAAAGGUUUUGGGAUCAGAGGAAGCCUUACAUCCAGUGCAUUAUGAAGAGAAGAACUGGUGUGAGGAGCAGUAUUCUGGCGGGUGCUACACCGCUUACUUCCCACCAGGGAUAAUGACGCAGUUCGGAAGGAUCAUUCGCCAGCCAGUUGGUAGGAUCUACUUUGCUGGCACAGAGACGGCUACAGAAUGGAGCGGGUACAUGGAGGGGGCUGUGCAGGCUGGAGAGAGAGCAGCUAGAGAGAUACUGUGUUCUAUGGGGAAAAUCUCAGAAGGUGAAAUUUGGAAGUCAGAACCAGAAUCAGUUGAUGUCCCAGCCCGGCCAAUCACUACUACUUUUUGGGAGAGAAACUUGCCAUCUGUACCAGGACUGCUGAGGCUGGUUGGAUUUUCCACUUUCUUCACUUCAGUGGCUGCUGUUGGGCUAUUUGCCUACAAAAAGGGGCUGCUAGUUCGAAACUGAGAAAGGUGCCAGCACAAAGCUGCAUACUUGCUGUGUUCUUUGUCCAAAGUUUUUUUUGACGUGCACUUAUCUGUCUUCAAAAGCAGAUCAGGACUGGUAAGGGGAGUGGGGGGAAGUAGAGAUGCAACUUUAGAGUGAGGAUGAGUGAAGGAGUUCAGAUAAAGUAAGGACCCCUUGAACAGUGACCUAUUUUUAGCACCAUCAUUUGAGGUUCUGAGACAGUGGUGGGCAACCUGUGACAUGCGGCCCAUCAGGGUAAUCCGCUGGUGGGCCGCCAGACAGUUUGUUUACAUUUGCACGGCUGCCCACAGCUCCCAGUGGCUGCAGUUCACCAUUCCCGGCCAAUGGGAGCUGUGGGAAGCAGUGGCCAGUACGUCCCUGCAGCCCACGCCACUUCCUGCAGCUCCCAUUGGCUGGGAACGGCGAACCGCGGCCACUGGAGCUGUGAGUGGCUGUGCAAAUGUAAACUAACUGUCUGGCGGCCCACCAGCGGAUUACCCUGAUGGGCCACGUGUGGCCCACAGUCUGCAGGUUGUCCACCACUAUUCUGAGAUGUUCCACUAUGUGGAACUUUGAGUUUCUAUUGAGGUCUGCAAAUGAAAAUGCCAGGAUACCGUGAGAAGGCUGUUGUUAUAUUUUCAGCCUUUUGUACACUUGUAUCUGACCCAACCUGAACUCUGAACAUUUAAAGGCCACGCCCAUCCCUAGUUAUAGGGGGAGUAUUGCCACACUCAUGUUCCGGAGAUCUAAAAGACUUCAGUUGUAGCUUAAAAUAACUUUUGAAUAAAUGCAAAUUGCAGGUGAGGGUCUUUUAAUGUAUUUUUUCCCAAAACGCCUUGAGCCCAAACAGCACUUACAAAAAAAGUAAAGCUAAAUUUUGAAAUUGUUGUUCCAAACUAUGCAAGUGCUCAUGAGCUUGUCAAGAGUAUAAUUCCUCACUUUACGUUUUCAAUCGCAUGUUAUGGACUAUGGACCCCGUGGCGCAAAAGAGGCUAUAAAGCUGGCUUAAGUGGCCUCCUGAGGGUUCCCCCAGUCUAGCGGCUCUACAGCACUCCUAUCCUAUCUGGGUUCCCUGGGGCUGCUAGAGGUAGUGCCAGGGGUCAAAUUAACCCCCCUGUUCACCCCACGGAGCCAUGAAGUAACUUUUACAGUACUUACUUUUCUGCACCCUUGUCUAAGCUUUUUGGGGUAGGGACUCUCUCUCACCUUGUCUUUGUAGAGUACAGUGGGCCCUAGAUCUCAGUUGGAGCCUACAGGCACUGCCGUAAUAAGUAAUAACUUUGUCCAGUGUUGAACGCAGCUUAUCUAGGCCAGAGAAUCUGAGCUAAUGUCUACACAUUUUUCCAACAAUUAGUCCUUGAAAUAUAAAUGAAAUCUCUAAACAACAUUUCCAUUUGUAUUUCUUGGAAUUUAUGUUGUGUUGAGGGGUGCACCUGGAAUUGCGAGGGUGAUUUCUCUUAUGUUCUUCUGCUCUACAAAAAUAAAAAAAAUUCCCUGCUCAGCUUUGCUUCUUGAUUCAUAUCACUCUAAAUUGGACUCUUUUAUAUACACAGUUAAUAGAGUUUUCUCCAUGACACCUAUAGUCAUCCAAGAUGUGACCUGCCUCCCAGUCCUUUGUAUUUCACUUAGGAGGAAAGGUUAUUGCGGUUCUGCUCUUUCUAAUAUAAUUUUCAGAAGAAAGGAAUCAUACUACUUUACCUUAGUAUCCUCAGACUUCAUUAUUUUUUGUAAAAAAGCAAGACAAGGCAAGAGAAGAGCUUGAAAAUCCUUCCAAAACACUAUAAAGCUCUGUGUUAGUGAAAAGUACCCAAUCUUUGUAUGUACCAAAGGCCCAGGACAAUGGAAUUCAGUGUGAGUGACAGCAGCAUGGUUUCCAGGGCUGUAGCAUCAUCAUCUUCUCCCUCAGUUCAUUUCUGGACUGUAAUUGCUUCCAAGGAGAAGUAGUUUCUACUUCCUGAGAGUGAGAGCAGCCAAACUGUGCUUGUUAGUCACCAUUCUUUGACGAGAUUUUGUCUUAAGCUUUCGGGUCUGUGAUUCCCUGAGUUUCAGCCUGCUAGCAAAAUGGAGUGCAAUUUUUUUUCCAGCACAUCUCUAGUCAGAUCUAGUUUUCACCUUCUGUGUACUUUUGAAAACUAUAUUAUUAAGAAAUGUACAUUCCUGUAGUGGGAGUUUUGGAAAUCCUAUGAGCAAAUUCUCUGCUGGUGUAAACGGACACAGCACUGCUGACAUAAGUGAAACUGAGCUACCAACAUUACAAUAUUUUCAAUUGUCCUUUUCUGUUCAACCUUCAGUCAAAGGCUUUCUGGCAUUACAUUAAUUAAUAUGAAGCUAUUAUUCCAUGCUACAUGGAAUGCCAUUCUAACUACGCUCCAUAAAAUCUUCUCUUGAUGACAUUUCACACUGCUUGGCUCACAGUUUUAUGUGGAGAAGGUGUGAAUGAUUAAGCACAAGAUCAUUGCUUGCCCUACAUGCUUGCACAAGGGAAUGAGGGGGCAUAAAAUGUCUUGCACAGCUACCUGCAUCGCAGCUCUCAGUGCAGAAAGGAGAGCAGCCUCUGAGGAGUCACUCCUCCUCCUCCCGCUCAGGUGUGCAGCAUGGGGUUGCGAAAGGUGGUGCCUUGACUGAGCCCCACAGCAAACCAGUCAGCAUAGCUGAGGCAACAUGAAGAGAGGGAAGAAAUCUGUGUGUGGUAAAGGACUGGGGCACUUCCCACUGGAGUAAGGGAGAGCAGGGGCCUGAAUUGUGACUUUCAACGUCUGCUCCUGGGGCAGUGCAGCUACGCACUGCCCCUUGCGCAGGGUAGACUGCUAAGCAACUACCUAGUCCGGUGGUAUCAGCUCCAAAUCCAUAUGUCUGGUGGGAGACUUCAUGAUCUAGAUAGUCAAGAUUUUGUAGGAUCUUUAAAACAACCCCCCUGAAAUCAAGAUUAGGAGGACAGUGCAUCAGCAGGGUGUUAACUGUAAAAGGAUCAAUUGCUAAACUAUGCAAAAUGCAAUAAGCACUUCCACAUCAGUAGUUAGAAAUGCAGUACAAGUCCGACUGACGUUCCCAAGCUCUUAGUAACUAUUCAGGGGGUUGAAUCAUGAAGAGAUCAAAUGGAGCCCUGGAAAGCUUAAGCAUGUACCGGUGCUUCUGUCCUCCCUGCAUUGCGGCCUUUGAAACAAUGUACACAAGAAUAAAAAAAUUAGCUGUCCGCUAUAUGCGGAGUGUCACAGUUUGGGUCCGCUGCAUCUCUGUUUCCUCUUAUUGGUUCAGUAAGUCAACCCACUCCUAGGCAAUGGCUAGGGGGAAGGAAGCUAUGUCUCUCUCCCUCCUGACUGGGGUAUUUUCAGGUUGAACUGUUCCCUGCCUUCACUGAUAUUCCCAGCAAAAGGCAGUCUGCCCAAAUAGGCCUGCUUGCUUUCUCUUCAGAGACUAAUAAUAGAGUGAUGGCCAACAGCUAUAAGUAACUACACAGAACGUCCUAUGCAAGCCUCUUUUACUCUUAAGGUAAAAGCACUUCAGAAAAAACACAUUAAAACAAUACAAAUCUCCAUGCAUGCUAUAUGAUCUUACCAGAGAUCCCCUCCUCCAGUUGUCUCCAGCAUGUUUUCUGGCAAGUGAGUCCUUCAAACCCCUCAAAGGAGUCUCUUCUGUGGGCACAAAUUCACAACAGCCUCAGCUCAGAACUAGCACACUCAUGAAAAGUUUAGUCCCUCCUUUAUGCAGGUUGGAGGUCUUUGAACUGGAGUUUUCAGAAGCCGGUAAUCAGUAUACAAUUGGUUUCUCUCCCCAGGGCAUAGUUUCAAAAGGAUGGAUUUGAGGUGGGUCAUUUGCAUUCCCCUCGCCCCCCAAGUAUUUCCUAGGAAAUCCACUUCACACGUAUUGUCCCCAAAAUCCUUUGAAGUUCCUCCUGAUAUCUCCAAGAGAUUACAUUAAUCCCGUUUUCCUGCUAAAGGAGUUCCAUACAACUCACAAUAGUACACAAACAUUUUCAUUUUUAAUAGAAUGAACUCCAGAAGUGUUGAAUUUAAUUCAGUAGGGUUUAGCUUAAUUCAGUUAAGUUUGUCCAGGACAUCGCCAUAAGUGUCACACAGAGUACAUUGCACCAAAUUCUUCUCUCCUUCUACACUGGGGCAACCUCAAUAGAAAGUUGUAGGUGUAAUUGAGAGCACAAUUUAGUCCAGCGCACAUAGAAUUCGAAGAGAUCUAAACUGGUCAGCCAACUGGAACUAUUUUGAGCCUAUUUGCACUUUUUGCUCCAGUUGAUGAUGUUUUAAACUAACUGCAAUUGCACUGCAGUAAAACAUGGAGUGAGGCAAGAAAACAAUGAUCCCAAUCAGCAGCUGGGGCAUACAUAAGGCAGAGAAAUUGUAUAGUCCGCUUCAUGUAGAUCUUCAAGGCCAGAGUCUGAUGCUCCGGGCUCACGCUUAGUAGUACUUUAUUCUGCUCAUGGUCCCAUUGAAUUGCUCAUGGAGUUGUUGUCAUUGUGAAUAAGGGUAUCAGAAUCUGGCUCUUAGAUUUCAUUCUGUGUCUUUGAAUUGGAUGCACCAGAUAGUAAGCCUCUUGUGAUAAAAUCCAAGCUGCUGCUACAAGUGUGUGUUCUCACAUCAGCCUUUAAACUAAAUAGAAGAAUUCUUCAGAUGUCAAGAUCUUGAAGUCAGAGGAACGGGGUACAGUGUAGUAGAUGUGACCUUUCUCACCUUGUCACACAGAGAAGCAAUUGGACAGGGUACUUCAAAGACCUAUUCUUGUUGAUGGAUUUGUAAUCUAUCCCGUGACUCCCCUUCUUUGACCACUUCAUGUCUCUGGGAAUUGAUGGGGGUGUCAUCUACCAAAAUGAAAUGAUGUUGAUUGGCCUGUGGCUUGAUAGCUUUUUCUGGCUCCUCCUGCUUUAGUUUCUAAUCUGCUUUACCUGGGCACCCUGGCCUGGUUUUUCAUUCUUGACAGUCAGACUCCCUGGAAAGCCCAGCAGAGAGCAAGAUUGUUUUUUCUUCUUGGCUUUUAACAGCUAUCUAGUCACAAGUCCGUCCUGGCACCCAGUGACCUUUCAAUACCUCUUACGCAUUUACUCAUAUCACAGUCUCUCUGUUUCUCCCCACCCUAAAGUUGGCAGUCCUCUCAGGCUCACAGGCAGCUCACUGGAAGAUUUUUUUCCCUAAAAAGGACAGGACUGUAAGAGGAGCUGAGCAAUGUGAGCCUUGCAGGCACAGCAAGCAGAAGAGAAAAUUACAUCAAUGAGAGCAGUUUCCUGUAAAUAGCUUCUCUUCAGUGUUAUACAAUGUGAAUGAGGCUAAACCCAGUUGUACUUUGUUUACUAAACUUUUUAGUAACUGAUGGCUUAGAUUUGUUUUUCCAAAGGGAGUAGUGAGAUGCUCAGCUCUUGUGAAAAUCAGACUUCUUAUGUAGGAGCCUAAAUACAGACAGACAAGCUUUACUUUAGGCACCCAGUUUUAAAAAUCUUGGCCUGAUACUUAUGAGUUUGACAGUGAAAACAUAUUUAACACACAGUGUACUGCUACAUUUGUGGAAUAAUAACAACAGUGCCCCAUUCUUUCCAUCAGUAGAUCUCAAAGUGCUUUACAAAGGUCAGUAGUCAGUAGGGCUGAAUGAUUUUGUUGACAAAGGUGUUUGGGGUAUGAGUGUUGGUGCUGUCCUAGAAACAUUUGGAAGGCCUGGAUAGGGGAACUACUAGUGAGGCUCAUAAAGGCAAAUAGCUUUUCUUCAUGUCCAAAAGUUAGCCAGCUUUUUCUCAUGUGCCAGCUAGAAAUUUUCCAGUCAAACCAGCAUGUGUUGUGUGUCUCAUAGAACCAUAGCAGUCAAGUGAGGGAGAACUGAUUUGGAUAAAAUUAGAACUGGUCUGAACCAUCACCAACACUUCAACCCAGUUCUGACUUUUCAUGAGCGUGAUUAACUUUUUAUAAAGAAUUCUUUUUCACUACUCUUAAACUCUGGGUUUCAUUGGUGAGUAGAAAGUGAAAUACUAGAAGAAAGGCAACUCUCCUGAUCCUUCUGGCCCAAUCAGAAAUGGGAAGCACUUGAUAUCUCAUGAUAAAACUGGAUCCCAUGAGAUUUCCUGCCCCAUUUUGCAGACUUAUGGUGUUUAAAAAGAAAUGUUUGUAUAAACACUUGAAGUUUUUGAGUGUUUUUUUUUUUUUCAUACUCAAACCUCUCAGGCUUUUGAAAUAUACUAAUUGCUGCUCCAAAUUAUUCUUGUUGCAAAUAAGUUGUGAAUCCUAAGAACACAAUGUGAUUAAAGAUAAGUGCAGUCAGUUGUUCUUUUGUUUAUUAAAUAUUUUAUGAAAAAACUUAGAAGUGACAUUGUGUAUGUAUGUACAUCAUGAUGUCGUCAAUAAAUUGAUCAGAUGUGGUUACAGAAUCCAUCCCCCUUUGCACACAUGGAAGGAACUUAGCACUAAUUUACCUCUUUACACUCAUUCUAACUGACUGUUAAAGGAAAGAAGUUUGAAAAUCAGAUUUGAAAUGUGAUUAUCAGUAUAGUAUUCUUAACUGAUUGAUUGAAGUCUAAUGGGAAAUAUGUCCCCAUGAGAAAUCCUUCACUGUACUGAUCUAGUCAAAUGUAUUGUGUAAACUGUGAUGGUCAUAAUUUGUAUUCUCACAUAUAUUUUUGAUGAUCUGAGGGUCUGUUUUUAAAGGCAGUGUACUUGUUUGUAUACUGUAUCUAUAACUAUGUAUUAAUGUGAUUGGUGUCAAAACAUGAUAUGUAAAUUUGUUCAUGGCAACAAUAGUAUUUGGUAGUGAUAAAAUUAAAAGCCAAUCAUACAUGUUAUUCAACAGUACAGUAAAGUGAACAGUGAGAGAAAGCACAAGAUGUCAGUUCUUUAACUGAUUCAUUACUUCUCAACACAGACCCCGAUUCAAGAAAGCACCCUAUUCAGGAUAGCACUUAAGGUUAAGCAAGUGUUUUCCUGAUUUGCAGCCUAAAAGCUGGAGGACAAGCUAAUGACUUUUAUAACACUAAUCAUGGUAUUUCCUAAAUGGGACAGUGAUGUUAAUUAAGGCAGAAAUUAUAAAGGUCCAAAAUUCUUACCAUUUUGUUUUCUCAGAUGAAAGCAAAUAUUUACAUCUGAUUUAUGCUCAAAAGGGAAUUGGAAAGAAAUCACAGCAGAAGUGCCAGUACCUCUAGGCAACAACCAACAGUGCAGUUAAAAUGUAGAUUACAAUGCCCACAAAAUAGACUGGGCCUGUGGUUAAACAGAAUAGCAUUCCCUCUAGCAUCUCCACCUCGAGACCAUCUUGAUUCUGCAACCCUCUCUCCAAUGAAGCUAAAAGUGAAAUAGCCAAAGUAAUUUUGUUUUGAGAGUAUCCUCACAGUCAAAUAGUUUGUCUCCCAUGAUCACAUGCAGGACAGCAUUAGUCGUGUCUGUCUCUGGUUUGAAAAUAAAAAUGACUUCCUUUUAUAGGAAUAUGGAUUCGGUGCACGUGAUUCAUUUGUGCCUUAACUAAUGGUAGCAUUUUCUAAAGUGACUCUGUGUUGGCUGGCUCACUUGGUUCCCUUCUUAAGUUCCCUUUUCAAUAGGCUCUUCAGAUAUUUUUAUCUAUCAGCUGUGAACCUUUUUUUUUAAACAUAAUCUAGAAUCAAUAAAGAUUGUUCAUGUCAAA